AUGCAGUGGAAGUCAUUCGUUUUUCUCUUCGCCGCCGCCGGCUCGGCCGUGGCCCGUUCUCACGGCAACCACCACCGCCACGCCGCGCGCCACCAGCACGACAGCGAUGCUGUUGCGAACAACAUCAUUGAGGAGGAGCCCGUCACCGUGACCGAGACCGCCUGGGCCUGCUGCACCAGCUCUGCCCUGUCCUCGUCAAUCCCUCCCCCCGUGCCCGCCACUUUCAUCGAGACGUCCACCGAGACUCCUACCAGCACCCCAACUCCCACUCCAGAGCCCACCUCUGAGGAGCCUACUUCGACCGAGACUCCUACUCCUACUCCCACCCCGGAGCCCGAGACCACCACCUCGUCCACCUCCACCGUCGCUCCCACUACCACUGAGGAGCCCACCAGCACCGAAGCCGACCACUCUCAGUGGACUAACACUCCCUCCGGCGACUUCUGCACCGACGGCUUCGGCGAGCGCACUUCGCAGCUCAUCACCGGCAACAAGGACACCUACGCAGGCAACGUUGGCACCCCAUGGGGUAGCAACAUGGUCGAGGUCAGCGCCGAAAAGGCCGCCGAGUACAAAUACGUCGUCCAGUUCCGCGGCAGCAAAACCGAGUCUCUUUUCGUCGCCAUCUGGAACAAGAUCGGCCCUGACAUGAAGAUGACCGGCUGGUACAACGGGAACGCCGCCAUCAAGUUCAACCUCAAGCCCAACGAGAUCCGCUACGUCGCCUUCGACGAGAACUCCCAGGGCUCCUGGGGUGCCGCCAAGGGCGACUCCCUCCCCGUCGACGCCUACGGCGGCUACUCCUGCACCUGGGGUGAGUUCGACCUUGGCAGCACCAAGAACGACGGCUGGUCCGGCUGGGACGCGUCCAUCAUCCAGGCUGAAGCUGCUCGCGCCGCCAAGGCCCUCAACCAGCCUGAGAUCCUGGGUAUGAAGAUCUGCGCCGCGGACAACACCGGCUGCUCCAUCAUCGGCAAGGGCGGCUCCCUCAUCAAGGACGCCUACGGCUUCAAGGACCGCUGGAUCGACGGCAUCGGUGGCAAGGUUCCUGAAGGUCCUGUCCGCAUUGUCGCCCACCUUGACUACGACGAAUAA